UUAAGAGCUGCAGGGCUGGGGACAUCUUGGCGGCACACUCCCAGUGAGACGACUGCUCAGGGACCCCCUAGGGCUGAGGGAGGGGCUGUGGAGCCCGCCCCAACCCCCAACCACAGGGAAAAGGAAGCAGAAAAAGGAGAAACAGCAGCAGUCACCACACUUGCUUCACAUCUCGCUCUUGGGACAUUACUGACGGGCAGAAAGCAGCUGCACGGGAGCAGAGAGCCGCAGAGGAGGAGCAUUCCGCCACAGUCUGAUAACACGCAGGAUUUAGCCGUGGCCACCAUGGGUUCUGUGAAUUCCCGAGGUCACAAGGCGGAAGCCCAGGUGAUGAUGAUGGGCCUCGACUCAGCCGGCAAGACCACGCUCCUGUACAAACUGAAGGACAACCAGCUGGUGGAGACCCUGCCCACCAUCGGUUUCAACGUGGAGACUCUCAACGUCCCGGGGCAUGUGUGUCUGACCCUCUGGGAUGUCGGGGGGCAGACCCAGCUCAGGGCCAGCUGGAAGGACUACCUAGAAGGCACGGACAUCCUCGUGUAUGUGCUGGAUAGCACAGACGAAGCCCGCUUGCCCGAGGCAGUGGCUGAGCUCAUGGAAGUCCUGGACAACCCCAACAUGGCCAGUGUCCCUUUCCUGGUGCUGGCCAACAAGCAGGAGGCACCUGAUGCUCUGCCGAUGCUUGCCAUCAGAGACAGGCUGGGCCUGGAGAGAUUCCAGGACCGCUGCUGGGAGCUCCGGGCCUGCAGUGCCCUCACCGGCGAGGGGCUGCCAGAGGCCCUGCAGAGCCUGAGGAGCCUCCUGAAAUCCUGCAGCUAGCGUGUCUCCAGGCGAGUGCAGGUGCGGCAGGGACCGGGGAGAGCAAGAAGUCUUGACCCGGACAGAGCAGCUUAUCUUUGCUCAUAUGAACUGGAAAAUCCAGCUAAUCCUUGAGAAUCUUAAACUCAGUUUAUCAAACAAAAAAUCCCUUUGCACUUGGACAAGAUGUUUUCUUCUUGGGACUUAUUAUCACCAGUGUUCAUGUUGAAAAUCAACUAUUCUUAGAAUAAUGAUACUCGAAGGAAAAAAACAUACCUCAACAAACUUCACUUAAUAACUCAUUACUAAGUGCAAACUGAGCAAUUGUAAUAAUAGAGUGACAAGUGGUUGUGUAAUAAUUAAGACCUAAAUUCACAGAGGGAAAGAGGUUUCAAAAUCAAAUGAGAAUAUCAUUUGGACCCAGUCAUGAUCUUAUGAGCAAUUAUCCCUGGUAGCCCCUGGGUAUUUGCCAUGAUGGCUCUAAGUGCAAGCAGCCAGGGCUGGCAGAUUUGAGCCAGUGAGGCUGCUCCCACAGAAUCCUAGGUUUAGAAGUUCACUGGGGUACUCAGCCAGGGGUUUGGGCCUUCCAAAAUUUAUCCUCUUCUCUAACCCUGAUUCACCCUUCUCUACCCUCUUGGCACCCUGUGUUGGUCUUUUUCUAAAACCCUUCAUUUUUUUCUUUCUUUUUUCCUGCUCUUUUCUCCUUCUUGUAGCACGUGUUUCCUUAAAGAUCAGAUUAAUCAGUGAUUUCAUUCAUUCAUUUAUUCAUUCAUUUAAUCAAAAAAUACAGAGAGCAUUGAAUUUGUGGCAAAAGACACUGAGCUUUUAGAUAUGAACCAGGCCCUACCAGAUGGAAUGUGUGAAUUUUGAAGAUACCUAUAAUAGGAAUGAAUUGCUCUCAUUAUUAAUAGUGAAUACUUUCUAUAAUCUGAGUUUUUAAAUUGCACAUGGCUUACAUUUGGCACCUGCUCUCAUGAUAAACAGCUCUAAAUGUUGGCUAUUCCUCCCUAUCCUGGGCUAACACCAGCCUCCUUUUAGCUCCUGAUGGUGGUUCUGCCCUCUCUGGAGUGACACAGUAUAAACUGGCCCUCAAUACCCUUCCAACAUCUGAGAUCUGCCAGGUCCCUCUACCCAAAAUCUUCCCUUCUAGCAUCAGGUUAGGCAUGCCUAGUUCUUUCCACUAUUUGUCAAUUGACGUGUUUCAAGACUUCCUGGGUUAGAUACAGGAAAGUGCGAAGAUGCAAAGAUAAAUGAGACAAAGCCUCAGGCCUCAUGGAGCCCUGGUUGGGGAAGCAGUAGGACACAGCUCCCAUAAAAAUGCAAGGACAGAGGCUUAAUUCAGCAACUGUUU